GAGCGUCAUGGGAUGGAAAAACAAUUUAGAGAAAGGGAACUACGCCCUCUGCUGGUUCACACAGUAUGACAUAUGGCCUCAAUAACACCUGUUAUCCAGCAGAGAGUGAGGACAGUGGAAGAGAUACGGGAUAAGGAGGAACGAUGUUGCUCCAUCAAACAUCCUCACCUCAGGACCAAGACAAUUGCAGUAGGCCAGUGGCUGUUCUAUCCACCUGCCAAAUCUCACAGAGACGUUGAAGGACCAAGGACUCCAAGACCUGUUUUUAUCCACCUUCUCUUUUUGGGGGGAAAUUCAUUGGACUGCCCUACAUUGGAACUAACUAGCUACUUUUUUCAGUGUGGACGGGUUUGCAGACGUCUGAGUUGGAGUUUCAGUCUGUUUAGGAGUUAGGCCUACUAGCACUUCCAGUUAAAAGAGAGUGUUUUUUACCUUUCCCCUGGAUUACCUGUUCAGGUUGGUGAUGGGGAAUGCAGCGGGGGGAAUAGAGCAGGCAGAUGGCAGGGAGGCCAAGCACUCUGUGGGGUCAGGAACGGGCCUGAGUGACCCCACCCCGACCCUGCAGAAGAAGCAGCCUGCUCCCCCCAAGCUGCCCGUGCCCCCAGAGGACGAGCUGGAGGAGCGCUUCAGUGUGGUUCUGAGCUAUAUGAACUUGCCUCCAGACAAGCUGAAGCUGUUGAGUCAGUAUGACAAUGACAAGAAGUGGGAGCUGAUCUGUGAUCAGGAGCGGUUCCAGGUGAAGAACCCUCCCUCUACCUAUCUGACCAAGAUCAAGAGCUUCUAUCAGGACCAAGGAGGAGUGACCCGCAGGUUCAAGAGGCGGGUCCAGGAGUCCACCCAGGUAUUGAGAGAGCUGGAGAUCUCCCUCCGCACUAAUCAUAUUGGCUGGGCCCAGGAGUUUCUGAAUGAAGAGAACCAGGGUUUGGAUGUAUUGGUGGAUUACCUGUCCUACGCCCAGUGUGACGCUUCGUUUGACUUGGAGGGUGCUGAGAAUGGGGGAACACUGUCAGAGAGAGGGAAGCCAGCGGAGAGGUCCAUGGAGGACCUGAAUAAGAGUACAGGAAGCUCCCCUACACACGGCAUGACCAGAGCAGCCCGCGCCCUGACCGUACGCAUAACCUCUCUGGCCCAGAGUAGGAGAACUCAGAAGAUCUCUCGAUUGGCCAGUCAGAAGGACGACGUCCAUGUGUGCAUCAUGUGUCUGCGUGCCAUCAUGAACUACCAGUCGGGCUUCAACCAAGUUAUGACUCACCCACGCUGCGUCAACGAGAUCACUCUCAGUCUCAACAACAAGAACCCCAGAACCAAAGCCCUGGUGUUGGAGCUGUUGGCUGCUGUGUGUCUUGUGAGGGGCGGUCAUGACAUCAUUCUCGCCGCCUUCGACAACCUCAAGGAGGUGAGCGGAGAGAAGAACCGCUUUGAGAAACUGAUGGAGUACUUCAGUAACGACGACAGCAACGUUGACUUCAUGGUGGCCUCCAUGCAGUUCAUUAACAUCGUGGUGCAUUCGGUGGAGAAUAUGAACUUCCGUGUGCACCUGCAAUAUGAGUUCACUCACCACGGACUGGACCAGUACUUAGAGUCUCUGAAGCUGACAGAGAGUGAGAAGCUGCAGGUUCAGAUCCAGGCCUACCUGGACAACGUGUUUGAUGUGGGGGCUCUGCUGGAGGAUGCAGAGAACAGGGGCGGGGUGCUGGAGCAUGUGGACGAACUGCAGGAGCACAACUCACAGGUCAGUGAUACACACU